AUGCCGUCCCGGGCACAAAGCUACACCCGAAGUCAGCGCACACGCACGCGCAGAGCAUCAAACACAUCAGCACCACAAAAAGUCUCACUUCAGCAGCAUAUUCCUUUUACUUUACCCUCACCUACUAGUUCCGUCUUGCCCGUAAGGCAGUCACUUAAAACCCCGCUAACCCGCCAUCCACAUGAUACUCAAUUCGAAAAUUUGGUGCCAAAACAAGCGACGCUCGGGGGAAAGCCAAGCAAUGGCUCAAUAACGAAAUCUCGCGUGCAAAAUGUCAGCCUGAAGUUUGUUACAGCCACAGGUACACUUGAAACGUUCAAGGACAAGCAGUCGCUCAACGAGAUCCGACGGCAUGUCAUGGUCGAUUAUCUCAACAAGCACCAGCCGGAGCCCAACACCCUCCAACGACGUAGAGACUCCGUACAGGCACUCGAGCUACAAGGGAAUGUGGUGGAGAAUCCAGUCCAGCAGUUCGAUACUCUUCGAGGUGCAAUUUCUAAUGAAUAUGCGUUGAAACUCUUCAAACAACCGAGUAAACGGAAAUCACUAGCUUCGUCAUCAGAAGAGGACCUUUCAGAGGAUCAACAAGAACAUAAUAAACGCCCCGACCUUACAGGGUCUCUUGAAGAUGUCAACAAGAUAGCACAAUUCGAUACCGCUCUUCUCACCAAAUUCGCCAAAUGUGACAUUGUUGAUAUUAAGCAGCCUCUGGUCAUUCCUGCGGAUAUUUCAAGCUGGACGGCGGAGACUUACCAACGCAGAACUCUGGAGGGUUCGUCAACGGGGCCACCCUUAGAUCCAUUCGGCACAAUGGUCAAGAGUCGCCAUCGAGAGGUCAACAAUGAGGCACUAAAGUACAACUGUAAAUUUCUCUAUGGAAGUAAAGCCAUGGUCUCAACUUGGACACGUGACCUAGGCCAUACUCCCCACGGAUAUAUUGCGACAUUAUACCUUAGCUCCACUCAUAUAGAUGUUAUGAGAGGCUUACACCAUGAGAGCAUACCUACGAGACUGCUAAGAGACGAGAGUAUCCAGUUAAUCAGAGGGCGAGUUCACCCUUCAACAUUUGCUCACGAUACAACAAUUCAGGCGGCACUGACUGUUCUCUGCGGUGAAAUCAUCCAAGGAAGUAGUAGAGAAGCGAUUCAAUGGCAUGAAGAUGCCAUACUCCAGAUGGUCUCGCACCGUGGUGGUCUCAUGAAACUUGGCUUCAGGGAGCUGACCGCGAUCAUUGCAAUGGUAUUCAUGCAAUCAGCAAUAUUUCGAGAAUCACAAGCUCCAGAAACUAUCUCCACCUGCAUGGCCCGUCUCCAAGUCACCACCGCGGACCCAACUAAACCAGUCCCGGAAUCCCCCCUUUACUGCCCCCGAUCGGACGGCCAUUUUACCACCAUUGCAGUCCGGUGCCACCCGCACACCCUGGCGAUUCUCUACGAAACACGAAUACUCACUGACCUCGUCGUCGACGCCUCGCACCCCUUCCGUAGCAUUAGCAUCUUCCCCGGCGCCAUCCUCUCUGAACCCGAGAUGCACAUGCAGCGCCUGCACGCUCGUCUCCAGAACCGACCUUCAGCUCACGAUAACAGGCAUGCUACGUAUAAAGACUGGACUUACGAGGCUUGCCGGCUCGCAGCACUCGUCUACUCGACCGCCAUUGCCAAACGCACGUCUAUCUCCGCCGCCGUCACAAUGACGUCCAUCAAUCGCGCGCAGACCGAAACGUCGCCGUACGCCGUUCUCGAACAGCUGAAGGCGGCACUAGAGAAGUCGCAUGCGGCCGACGAGUGCUGGAUGGACACUAAGAUGACAGGCGUGCUCUUCUGGAUCACGCUCGUCGCUGGGGCCGCAUGUUCACGCUUCCUAACGCGAUCGCCAUCGCUCAGUACAUAUUCAGGCUUCGGCGAGGCCGACAGCGUCCGAGGCGAGUACGCGCCGCAGGACAGCGAGAGGUAUUUGCGUAAAUGGUUUACUGCGAUCAGUGUGCGGUGUACGAUUUUGAUGGGGUUUGAGCAUGGGAUUCCGGUCUUGUUGAGUCUGAGGAAGAUGUUGGCUGUGCUGGAGUUAUUGACGCCCGGGGGUGGAAAGAACGAUUGGGGCGAGGUGCACUUUUGA